AAGUUAUUGCUAGCUAGCUAAGUAUUUCCCAUACUUUGCGAGAUCAUGGAUGGGCAAGGAAAUAGCAUCAGCAUAAAGCGUUCGUGGGGUGAGGACCCUGACCAGCCCCAGCAGACCAGCUCCAAGGAGACAAAGACACACAAGUCCAAGAAGUCUCGGCGGGAGAGACGGGAUGCAGAGAGGGUGGAGUCGACCACCUCAGCUCCUUCCCCUGCAGGAGGGCUGGUGCUGGGUGGACAGCCGUCCCAGGGGUUGGAGGCUGGGCCAUCGGAGCCUGUGGAGCGGGCUGCCUCAGAGUCGACAGCCUCAGACUCCGCAGCUGGGGAGUCUGCAGGGUCUCCCAAACAGCGGCGUUCGAUCAUCAGGGACCGUGGUCCGCUUUAUGACGACCCGUCCCUGCCAGAGGGUUGGACACGCAAACUCAAACAGCGCAAGUCUGGGCGCUCGGCUGGCAAGUUUGAUGUCUACCUGAUUAACCCGGAAGGUAAAGCCUUCCGUUCGAAGGUGGAGCUGAUUGCGUACUUCCAGAAGGUUGGUGACACCACCACAGAUCCGAACGACUUUGACUUCACCGUCACAGGUCGUGGUAGCCCCUCCCGCCGUGAAAAGAGACCUCACAAAAAAGCCAAGGUGGUCAAACCUUCGGGGAGGGGCCGGGGGCGACCUAAGGGCAGUGGGAAAGUCCGCCCUGCCACUGAGGGUGUGGCUAUGAAGCGUGUGGUGGAAAAAAGUCCAGGGAAACUACUUGUCAAGAUGCCCUUUAGCGCCGCUAAGACCCAGGCCCCUAUACCAGUUCCUGUCCUCAUGGCCAAGGCCCGACCUGGAAGGAAGAGAAAAGCAGAGCAGGAGCCUCAGGCCCAGGCACCAAAGAAGCGAGGACGUAAGCCUGCGUCUGCGGCGGCCGGGAGCAGCACAUCUUCAUACACAGCAGCUGCCAUGAUGGCAGCUGAGGCCAAGAGGAAAACCCAGAAGGAGUCUUCCGCCAAGCCCGUCCAACAGACUGCCCUGCCCAUCAAAAAACGCAAGACCAGGGAGACCGUGGAGGAGAUGGAGAGCCCAGCCACGUCCACAGCGGAGCUGGUCACGGGAGGUGCCGGAAGAGGAGAGGGAGGAGGGAGUGGUGGAGGAAGUGGUGGAGGAAGUAAAGGAGGAGGAGGAGAGACAACAGGAGGUGGUGGUGGAAGUGGAGGGGGGGCUGGGACGGAGACAGGAGUCCAGGUGGUGGUGACAGCACUGCAGGAGCCACAACAGCAGCAACUGGGACAGAAGCCGCCAAAGAGCCAAGGGAGGAAGCAGAAGGAGGCUCCUCUGGCCCCGGUCAUAGUUACUGCAGGAGUAGGAGGAGGUGUUGGAGGCGGUGGAGGUAGCAGCAGCAGCAUCAGUAGUCCCUCCAAAAGCCACAAGAGAAAAGAGCGUGUUCCACACAAACACCCACACCAUCACCACCACCAUCGCCAUCAUCACCAUCACCAACACUCUUCCUCCUCUACCACCUCCUUAGAGCAGCCCCAGGCCUCCCACCUCUCCCAGCCUUCCAUUAGCCUAUCGUCUCCCAGCCCCAACUUGACUGGGGCCCAAGUCCUGCAGAGGAACCAGGCGGAACCCCAGGACCUGAGCAGCCCUCGGCCCUACCGUGGAGGCCAGCCCGUUGGCAGCAGAGAAGGGGCUCCGGACAGCUGCCCUAACACCACAGGCUCCACAUCCACCAGGACUGCACCUGUCUUAGCGUCUGAUGGCAGGGCCAAGCAUCGAGCAGACGAGGCUGCAGGUGAGGGGAGGGAUCUGAGAGACAUAGUGCCCUCCUCAGCCGUGCCUCGGCCCAGCCGAGAGGAGACGGUCGAAUCCCGGACAGCCGUCAGUGAGAGGGUCAGCUGAUUGGCUGGCUAUGUGACUUACAGGGGGCCCACAAUCUGUCUGCACCAACGGGAAAGCAGUCCUGAAGAGAGAAGCGGAGCAAAAUCGUGCGUUUCUUUUUUUAUUAGAAAAACAAAUGGAGGAGAAGAAAAGCGACAAAAAAAUGUGUGUACAUACAAACACAAGGCAGCUGUUGUCAUGUUUUCUCUGUGGGGUUGGGCUGUGUUAAGGAUUUGCUCUUAACAAACACCCAAAACAAGAUUGCUUCCUGAUUAACACAUUUUGUUUGUUCUUUUUUCUGUCACAGCUUUAAAGUUGAACAAUAUCCACUUUAACCCACAGUACAUUUGUCAAAGCUUCAAGGAGGUGGAAAGAUUGCAGUAAGAAACAGACCUUGGACCAAACACUGGCAAAUAGGCCUACUUAAGAUUCACUUGAUUUAGUUCACCAAGUACAAAGAAACCAAUGGAACAGUUCCAUCAUUAAAAAAUUGAAGCUAAAUUAAAUGCACCCUAAUCUUACUAUUUGAUGUCUUUGACAAAGGUCUGGUUUCUCACAUCUAUCAUGUACCUAAUUAUUUUGAUCUGGUUCAUGAGAUGGGGUAGAAUUGUGUUUAAUUUGCCAAAAAAGUGUGUACCUUUUGUGUGUCUUCUUCCACACAAUCCGCUUGGCCAUGAUGUAUGUUGUAGACAAGAGUGUAAUGGUCUGAGGCAAUGUAGCCUCCCAGGGUGAAUGUCUACCUUUUGGAUGCCAUAGCUGAUGUUUACUUAAAUAGAUUUUCUAUAGAGAGUCUCCAUUAUAAAUUAUAUAUAAUCCUGUUUUACUCUGUGUCAGUGCGAGACUACUGUCUUGCUGAUAGCUGUCCAGACCGCCAGCUGUGUUAUCAACUGGGUAUGAGUCUUUUGCUUUGACAUGGAAAAAAACAUCUGCAAUCAUGUUAAUGUGAUGAGUAACAUAAUUUGUUAAUUGGACAGAGUAGGAUUCGAAAAUAGCCAGUUGAAAUGAGGUGGGGUAAAAUAUAAUGAAAAUGGGGAUCCAGGUUCUGAAUAGGGCCCAGUUUCAGUCCGUUUCAGCCCAGUCUCCUAAAACCACAAUUGUCAUUCACAUCCAGAAUGUUUGAGGGAUGUUUGAUCACAGAUGUGUAUUAAUGAAGAUCUCCCCCAUGCGAUGUUUCUUUCAACCACUCCGAAGCUUCGAGAGGAAACUGCCAUGAUACUGACAGACAGAUAAGAACUUCCUGUCUAUUGGUUUCUCACACAUUUAUUUGAUGCUCAUAAACAGGAGGUUGAUCUUCCACACUAACCAAUAUGAAAAUAAUACAGUAUGGUGGUUACUGCAGCAUGUGUGUUGACAAAGGAAGGAUAUUUAUCCAAGUUUUCAGUUAUAUUCACCAUCAUAUUCAUGCCCUCUUUGUGCUUUGUGUAAAGUACUAGAAGUAGGCAUUGUGCUUUUCACUUUUUAGUAAUGACAGUCUGUUUAAGCUGUAAAGUGAUCUAACAAUUUAGCUGGCUAUUAUCAAUAUGUGUAUGACUGCACAGACCAGAGCACUUAUAACCGCAGACAAGGGAUCGAUAAAAUUAUAAAUGUACAUGACCUAAUAAACUGGCAUGUAAUCAAGGUUAACCUGACUAUUCAUUUAGUUUAGUUAUUUUUCCAAAGAUUGUUGAGGAAAUACAAUUUAUUAAAUGAAUGUACAGGGUUUAUUUACAUUAUGUUGUCAUAGAUAUCUUAGAAUUUUUCUGAUUCGUAGAAAAUGUAUUACAUUUAAUGAAACUAAAAAAGUUAGUUUAGUUCAGAGGAUAAGUUUAGUUUUUGUAAGUGAAAAAAAUAAAUCAAUGGAUUUUAUGUCCCAAAGAUUUUGUGAAAAAACCAAACCCAUUUAAGGAAGUUCUUCUUUGUCUGUUGUGUUGAGUGAAUGUACAAAAAAAAAUCUUAUUUUGUUGACACAAUGUUUUUUAAAUAUAGAGGACAGGUGUAGCCAGGAAUAUUUUGGACAUGCAAGGUUUUGUUGAGAUGAAGUGUAACGUUAGUCCAACGUUACAUCCAUUGCACUGAUGUUACAACCCAGUUCUCAUUCUGCAUGCACUCUUUUUUUGAUUCACUUUAGCUCCCAACACUUUUCUUUCUGUAAGCCCAAACUCACAGAUACAUGUAGGACUCAGAUAAUGUGGCACAAAAUAUACUGACUGCAUGCUCCAGGUAUAGUGUUUUGAGGCCAAGGUGACUUUUUCAUUUACAUUAUGUUAAUUUAGGGUACAUAGUGUAGAUAUGAACAAAGAUGCCAUCCAUAGUUGCUAUUUAUCAAUUUUCAAACAAUGGUUGGAAUUCAUCAAACUUGGCAUUCAAAAAAAUUGUGCUUUUAUUUUUUAUCCAAACCGUAUUUAUUCUGUCUCCCAGUGAACUAUGUCUGACUUAAUAGUGUAACCCUACAACAUGCAUUUUUGUGGCACAAUAACAAUGUUUGAAUGAAUUCUAGCCUAUGCUCUCACACGCACAACAGGCCCUUAACCCCAGUCUCACCCACCCUAGAACAACAUGAUUUUCAUUCUGAAGAAAAACUUAAAAAUAUUCUUGCAUGCCACAGUUACAGAGAUAUAUUUGUUAGUGAAUUUUAUAAUGUAAUAUAAUAUAAAAAGUAUGUAUUACUUUGAUGCACCAGUAUCUUAAACCUGUAAUAAUCAGUUGAUAUCUGGAGGAACAGGAAUUUAAGAAGGUUGUGUCAUGCGAAUCCAUCCCAGAAGUUUGCUUGACACCAUGUUAGUGUGAACACAGAGAUCGAUGCUAUCAUUUCCAUCUGAACCCUUGAUCAGAGAAAUCCGAGGUUCUGGACUUAUUACUCUAUUGAAAAUAUAUUUUGGUUAGGAGAAUUGGACCCCAAAAUAUCUGUAAAUAAAAAAAGGUUUUUAGUUUCAUAUCAACAACUCAAAAAGGACGUAUUAUCCAGUGGCAAAAACCUAAUGGUGUCAUCCUUGUCAGUCUUCUAUGAAUUGCCAUUGUCUUCUGUGCCCAUAUUUACUUCGCACAUUGGAUCUGAAGUACUGUAUACAAUGCCACCCAUGUUUACAGAAUGCAUCUUAAUGCAGCGUAAACAAGGUCUUAGAUGUUGCUUGUGUCCUGCCUCCCUUGGUCUCCUCACUUCCCUGACCCUAGCCAGAAGGGUAGGGAGUAUUGGUAUAAGAGCUCCCUUGCUCUUAAAGGGCUAUGAAACGUUUUCAAACUUUAAACAAUACGGGGCAAUGCUGUCUAAAGCCCGACAAUAUAACUACACUCCUCUUUGCUUGUAGUUGUGAGCACUUUUGAAUACAUUCAUGUCCAGACUUUAGUCUCUGUAGAAAAUUGGGACUCCUCCUAUUUCCCCUAUAUACUCCACCUGUAGAAAAACAGGACUGUGUCCUGAUGACUCUCUCUCUUUCUCCAUACAGGCAGUAUGAUCACUUGCUCACUUUCAACUAACUCUGCAUCCUCAGUCGCUACCCCUGCAGCCCAAAGUUUGCACUUAGUCCCUUGUCUAUUGAGAACAGCCUGGACUAUGACAUGUAUUUGAGACUCGUAAUUUGCUUCCAUGCUUAAUGCAGUUCAAUGCUAUGAAGGGGUAUAUCCCAGGAAGUGUAGAGAAUGUUGAUGCAGAGUUCCACAUUCAAAUGUAACUGGAGGGGGAGGCCAGGUUGGAGAAGGAUAUGGGCAGCUGAGAGGACAAAGAUUUAACAUGUGGCUCAAGAAGACUUAACCCUUUCUAAAUGUAAAAAAAAUAAGUAAUCUGAGUUUAAUUGUUUUGAUUUGAUGUUCUACAGUCUGUUAACUCCUGUUUGGACUUAAAACU